AUGAUAAAAGUAACUGAAGAUUAUAAACCACCACCAUCACCUACGAGACAAUCAAAAUUUCAAAACAGAUCAAUAUGGUAUUAUUUAAAAUUAUUCUUUCGUUUAUUAUCUUAUGAUUUAGUAUUAUGGUUUUUCAAUCUUAUAAUUCAUACAUUUUUCAGAGAUAUUAAAACAAGGGGUACUUUCAAUAUACCUAGAAAAGGUCCAGUUAUAUUUGUUAUUGCUCCUCAUCAUAAUCAAUUCAUUGAUGGUUUAGUUGUCAUGACUAAAGUUAAAGAACAUUCAAAUCGAAGAAUUGCAUUUUUAAUAGCUAAGAAAUCAUAUAAUAGAAGAAUAAUAGGUGAUGCUGCUAAAUUAUGCUCAAGUAUCCCUGUUGAACGUGCUCAAGAUUUAUUAAAAAAGGGAACUGGUAGAAUUAGAAUUGACCCUGAGAAUGAAUUGGUACUUAUUGGUGAUGGUACUAAAUUUACUCAAGAUUGUAUGGUUAAGGGUUUGAUUGGUUUACCUCACUCAUUAGGAAAUUGUCAAAUUUCUAGUAUUGAAGAUGAUACUCAUUUAACUUUAAGAAAACCAUUUCGUUCUCCAAAACAAAAAAUUCAAGAUAAGAUAGGUAAAUUAUUAUCUCAAGGUACUAGUUUUAAAAUUGCUCCUCAUGUUGAUAAUCAUAUUGUUUUUCAAAAUGUAUUUCAUCAUUUAAAUGAUGGGAAAAUAUUGGGUAUUUUUCCAGAAGGUGGAUCUCAUGAUAGACCAGAUUUAUUACCUUUAAAACCAGGAGUUGCCUUAAUGGCAUUAGGUGCAGUAACGGAACAAAUUAAUCAAUAUCAAGGAGGAUUGGAUUAUAUUACUCCCGUUAGUGUUGUUCCCGUUGGAUUAAACUAUUUUCAUCCUCAUAAAUUUAGAUCAAGAGUUGUUGUUGAAUUUGGUAAGCCAAUUGUGGUAGCUGAAGCUAUGGGUCAAGAAUACAUUAAGAAUAGUAGAUCAACAGUUGAUAAAUUGUUAAAGAUUAUUACUUUAGGUUUGAAAGAAGUUACUGUUACUUGUGACGAUUAUGAUACAUUAAUGGUUUUACAAGCAGCUAGAAGAUUAUAUACUUCUACAAAUAGAGAAUCAAUACCUACUCCAAUGGUAGUUGAAAUGAACAGAAGAUUAAUUAAAGGUUAUGAAAAAUAUAAAAAUGAACCAGAUGUCAUAAAAUUAAGAGAUAUGGUUACUGAUUAUAAUCGACGAUUAUUGAGAUUAAAUUUGCAUGAUCAUCAAGUUGAAUCAAUUCAGAAGUUGAAUAAUUUUGAUACUUUUUGGAUGUUUAUUUCAAGAUUGAUUAAAUUUUCAAUAUUUAUGGGAUUAAGUUUACCAGGUAUUUUCUUAUUCAGUCCCGUUUUCAUUACAGCAAGAAGAAUAUCAAAAAAGAAGGCAAAAGAAGCAUUGGAAAGCUCAGUAGUUAAAAUCAAGGCUAAAGAUGUUUUAGGAACUUGGAAAAUAUUAGUUGCAAUGGUAUUUGCUCCAUGUUUAUACAUAUUUUAUUCAAUUUUAGGAACUAUAUUUAUUUUUAAAUUAGAUGUUUUACCAGAUUCAUGGAAAUCAAAGUGGUCAAUUGUGUUCAUAUUUUUAGUAUUUUAUGGUUGGGCUUUAUUAACUACUUAUGCCAGUUUACGAGUUGGUGAAAUUGGAGUUGAUUAUUAUAAAUCAUUAAAACCAUUAUUAUUAAGUUUGAUAAAUGCUCAUUCUGAUGAAUUACAAAUUGAAGAAUUAAAGAAGACAAGAGAAGAAUUACGUGAAAAAGUUAAUGAAUUUUGUAAUAGAUAUGGACCUGGUAUAUUCAAUGAUUAUGAUAAAUUUUAUAAACAAUAUAACAACAUGGAUGAAGGUUUUGAUUUAGAAAAAGAAGAAGAAAUUAAAGGUGAAGAAAUAUUAAAAUUCAAACAUCCUCAAUUACAAAGACAAAUAAGUACUGCUUCAUUAGACUUAUCAUUGAAUAAUUUAUCUGAUAUACCAAUUUUUGCAUCUGCUGAUUUAGAACAAACAAAUGACAUAAAUUUAACUAAAGAAAGUUCAACAGAUGAAGAAGAGGAUGAAGAAAAACUAGAAAACGUCGAUAAUAAAACUGAAGGUAACGAAGGAGUUAAAUUAAGAAUAAGAAGAAUGAUGAAUGAUAAGAUAAAUAAUGCUAAUAAGAAGAAUGAUGAAUGA